AUGCGAACACUGGAAUGGGAUAAUAUGGGAGUGAAAAUCGACGGUCGGCAGUUACACCACCUUCGCUUUGCUGAUGACAUCGUCCUUAUAACACCAAACAUUAGCCAGGCGCAACAUAUGCUUCACAACUUUGAUAAAGCCUGUGGAAAGAUUUGUCUUCAACUAAAUCUCACAAAAAUGAUGUUCAUGAAGAACGGAUUGGUUUCGCACGCCCCAUUCACGCUCAACGGAACGUAUAUCUCUGAAUGCUCCAGUAAUAUCUAUCUAGGUCGGGAAAUCAAUAUGAUGAACGACCUAGCUCUAGAGCAGAAGAAAACGAGUGGCUUGGAGAGCUUUCAAGAGCAUCGAGAAUGUAGUGAAGAGAACAAAGAACACCCGAUUCCGUGCCCACCUUUUCUACUCAACGGUACUUCCUGCUCUAACGUAUGCGUCAGAAACGUGAUCGCUGCGUAA